AUGACAGCUGUCGAAACCCAAAUAACAUACACCAACUCCUACACGAUCCAACAUGAAGACGCGUACAUGACCCAGGAGGAGGACUGGGACAGGGAUCUGCUGCUGGACCCCGCCUGGGAGAAGCAGCAGCGGAAGACCUUCACAGCUUGGUGUAACUCCCACUUGAGGAAGGCCGGGACACAGAUUGAGAACAUUGAAGAGGAUUUCAGAAAUGGCCUCAAACUCAUGCUGCUGCUGGAGGUCAUAUCAGGUGAGAGGCUGCCCAAACCCGACAAAGGCAAGAUGCGUUUCCACAAGAUCGCCAACGUUAACAAAGCUUUGGACUUCAUCUGCAGCAAGGGGGUCAAGCUGGUGUCUAUUGGUGCUGAGGAAAUCGUCGACGGUAACGUGAAGAUGACUCUUGGUAUGAUCUGGACCAUCAUCCUGCGUUUUGCCAUCCAGGACAUCUCUGUGGAAGAGACCUCUGCUAAGGAGGGUCUGCUGCUGUGGUGCCAGAGGAAGACUGCCCCCUACAGGAACGUCAAUGUACAGAACUUCCACAUUAGUUGGAAGGAUGGCCUGGCCCUGUGUGCCCUCAUCCACAGACACAGACCCGACCUCAUUGACUACUCCAAACUGAGAAAGGACGACCCCAUCGGUAACCUGAACACCGCCUUCGAGGUGGCUGAGAAGUACCUGGACAUCCCGAAGAUGCUCGACGCUGAAGAUAUCGUGAACACACCCAAACCUGACGAGAAGGCCAUCAUGACCUACGUGUCCUGCUUCUACCACGCCUUCGCCGGCGCAGAACAGGCCGAGACAGCUGCCAACCGUAUCUGCAAGGUGCUGGCCGUCAACCAGGAGAACGAGAAACUGAUGGAGGAGUACGAGAAGCUGGCCAGCGAGCUUCUCGAGUGGAUCCGUCGCACCAUCCCCUGGCUGGAGAACCGUGUGGCGGAGCAGACCAUGCGCGCCAUGCAGCAGAAGCUGGAGGAUUUCCGUGACUACCGUCGCGUCCACAAGCCGCCCCGCGUGCAGGAGAAAUGCCAGCUGGAGAUCAACUUCAACACCCUGCAGACCAAGCUGAGGCUCAGCAACAGGCCCGCCUUCAUGCCCUCUGAGGGCAAGAUGGUGUCGGACAUCGCAAAUGCCUGGAAAGGUCUGGAGCAGGUGGAGAAGGGUUACGAGGAGUGGCUGCUGACAGAGAUCCGUCGCCUGGAGAGACUCGACCACCUGGCCGAGAAGUUCAAGCAGAAGUGCGCCAUGCACGAGGCCUGGACUACAGGUAAGGAGGAUCUUCUGUCCCAGAAGGACUACGAGUCGGCCUCUCUGAUGGAGAUCAGAGCCCUGAUGAGGAAGCACGAGGCCUUCGAGAGCGACCUCGCCGCUCACCAGGACAGGGUGGAGCAGAUCGCCGCCAUCGCCCAGGAGCUGAAUGAGCUGGACUACCACGAUGCUGCUACAGUCAACACCCGCUGCCAGGGUAUCUGUGACCAGUGGGACAAUCUGGGCACUCUCACCCAGAAGAGGAGGGAUUCACUGGAGCGUGUGGAGAAGCUGUGGGAGACCAUUGACCAGCUGUACCUGGAGUUCGCCAAGCGUGCGGCACCCUUCAACAAUUGGAUGGACGGAGCCAUGGAGGACCUGCAGGACAUGUUCAUUGUCCACAGCAUUGAAGAGAUCCAGAGUCUGAUCACAGCUCACGACCAGUUCAAGGCUACUCUGCCCGAGGCCGACAAGGAGCGCAUGGCCACUCUGGGCAUCCACAACGAGAUCCUGAAGAUCGCCCAGACCUACGGCAUCAAGCUGUCCGGGAUCAACCCGUACACCAACCUCUCCUCCCAGGACAUCAGCACUAAGUGGGACACUGUGAAGCACCUCGUGCCCCUCAGAGACCAAAUGCUCCAGGAGGAGGUGGCCAGGCAGCAGGCCAAUGAGAGACUGAGGCGCCAGUUCGCCGCUCAGGCCAACAUCAUCGGACCCUGGAUUCAAACCAAGAUGGAGGAGAUCAGCCACGUGUCUGUGGACAUCGCCGGCUCCCUGGAGGAACAGAUGAACAGCCUGAAGCAGUACGAGCAGAACAUCAUCAACUACAAAUCCAACAUCGACAAACUGGAGGGAGACCACCAGCUCAUCCAGGAGUCCCUCAUCUUCGACAACAAGCACACCAACUACACCAUGGAGCACAUCCGUGUGGGCUGGGAGCAGCUGCUCACCACUAUCGCCAGAACCAUCAACGAGGUGGAGAACCAGAUCCUGACCCGCGACGCCAAGGGCAUCAGCCAGGAGCAGCUCAACGAGUUCAGGGCCUCCUUCAACCACUUCGACAGGAAGAGAAACGGCAUGAUGGACCCAGACGACUUCCGUGCCUGUCUCAUCUCCAUGGGUUACGAUCUGGGUGAGGUGGAGUUUGCACGUAUCAUGACCCUGGUGGACCCCAACAACACGGGCGUUGUGACCUUCCAGGCCUUCAUCGACUUCAUGACCCGUGAGACCGCCGAGACCGACACUGCAGAACAAGUCAUGGCCUCCUUCAAGAUUCUGGCUUCAGACAAGAAUUACAUCACGGUGGAGGAGCUGCGCAGGGAGCUGCCUCCCGAGCAGGCGGAGUACUGCAUCACCCGCAUGACCAGGUACGUCGGACCGGACUGUCCCUCCGGCGCCCUGGACUACAUCUCCUUCUCCAGUGCCCUCUACGGAGAGAGCGACUUAUAAGCGCAGCUGCUUCUCUUCACGUCCUCCUCCUCCUCCUCACCCCUUCUUCCCAGCUUCUCUUAUUUCUCCUGUCUGGAGAGAGCGAUUUUAAACCCUUCCACUGUCCCUUUAAAACACGUUAUUCUUUUUUUUUUUUUUUUCCCCCACCACCUUCUCAAAUCUUAACUUUAUUCCCCUCUUCCUAACUCCGCCCAUCCCUCUUUUUAAAACACAGGAACACUGCUCAGAGGGGAAGAGCAGAAGACUUUGCUCAGACCUCACAAACUCUGUUCAGGCUGCUCAGCUCCUCUCUCGUUUAAAAGAAAAGAAGAAGAAAAAACAGGUGUACCAGUUAUUGCACUGAACUUAUGUAAGCAGCAUACAUAAUGACAUACCUGCCUUCACAAGGCUUUAAAGAGAAGGAGGCAACGAGAGAGAACGAAAGUUAGAUUAUUUUUGAGCAAAGCCGUGUGCUCUUCCCCUCUCCUCCUUUUUUUUUUUUUUAAUUUUUUGUAGAAGGGUGAUCAAAGAAGAAAACGUGAUUGGUCAGUUGGCUUGGUUGGUUGUGUAUUUGUGCAGAUGCAUGCUAUGUUGAAGUUUAGAAAAAAAAAAAACGGCCUUUUGAGUCACCGACUCGCCCUCACACGAACCCCCGCAGGAGCCCGUUCACGAGUGCAGUCAGCAGAGGAGCGAGGCCUGUCGGGUGCUACUGAAAACUCUCACCACAGCACUGUGAAACCUGAAUGUUAGCAAAGAUGCGAUUUAACCUGGAGAUCUUAAAGCCUUAAGAAACUCAGGAACACACGGAGGACGAAUGGGAGCGCCGAGUAUUAAAAGACACAGGUGGGGGGGAACGGGAGGAGAGCGCCGUGGCUGGGCGGUGACUCGGGAACGGAUACGGAAAGAUGAGCUGUUAUGGCCAGAGAGAGCGACCUCUCCCACACACCUCUCUUAUUAAACUCCUUUUUUUAGCCUUUUUUUGGGCUAAUUGUAAAAUUACGAGGAGAAGGGGGACAGAGACAGAGAGAGGUGUCAGACAGGGCAUCAGGAAAGUUGUGGAUGAAACGGGAAGAAUCAAAACUGUACGUGGAACCAUAGCAGGCGUACUCACAACACAGGGUUUAAGGUAGCAUUUGAAGAGAAGAGGUCAGCCACGACGAUCGCUGUGUUAGGCUCCUCCCUGUGCAUGAUCUCGAUAUCUUAACUCAUCUGUGCUCCAUUUUCCUCCUCCUCCCCCUCAUCCCUAACUCAUGCUGUCUCAUCACUGAUGCCACUCUUUCAGUCAUAUGUUAAAAACCUCAACUUGAAAAUAAAAAAGGAAAAUUAUAUUAUUAAAA